AAAUUUCCCUGAACUGAACCUCAAAUUAAAAUUAAGUCAGGUCGUGUUAUUAUUGCAGUGUGAAGAACAAUUACAAUAAAAGGAAAUAUUUUCUCCAAUUGCGAAAAAAAAUCCAGUGGGAGAUGUCACUGCUCUCGAGGGCGAGGAUUUUCGCCAAAACCUGCACCCUGGUGAUGCCGAUGUCGAGGAUGUCCCGGGUAACGUCGAAUAUCGUGGUGAAUCACGUCAAGGCACAGGGUUUACCUGCAGUGUCACAGCUCAGACUCCAGAGCACAGACUCACACCUGAAAACAAUCUAUGAGGGGAGGCUCUCCAAGAGGAUCAAGUACAUCAAGAUUUUUUCUUUGAGCACCUCGCUGAUGGGCUUCCUGGUGCAGCCUUAUCUUCUGCCAAAGAUCCUGGCUACUGACAGCUUAAUGGCUGUUUUUGGAUUCGUCUGCACGAGCAGUUUUUUCGCUUUAGGAACUCCUGUCUUGCUUCACCUGAUCACCAAUAGAUAUGUGACGAAAAUUAAUUACGAUUCCAAGAGGGAUGUUUAUAUCGCCACGAUCUACACGAUUUUUGUGAAGGAAAGACAGGUCGAAUUUACACCCGACGAUGUCAGAAAACCUGGAAUGCGGGAGAUGAUAACGACGUGUUACGUUAAUGAGGUUCCUGUUUUUUUCGAUUUCGCGGACUUCACUGAUAUCGAUCAUUACAGCAGAAUCCUGGGGUACGACAAGCCCAUGGACUUUCAAUUAGAAUCUUCGAAUUCUCAGUUCGUACCCUCUGACAAGCCAAAGAAAAAUUAAAUAAAUACGUAGUGACGUCGAACUGCCAAUUUUUAUUCGAAAC